AUGGAUGACUACGACGCCGCCGCCGCCGCCGAGCUCAAGCGAAAGCGAACUUUCCGCAAGUUCACCUACCGAGGUGUUGAGCUUGACGCGCUGCUCGACAUGUCGAACGGGGACUUCAUGCAGCUCGUCCACGCUCGUGCCCGCAGAAGGUUCCAGCGCGGUCUGAAGCGCAAGCCUAUGGGUCUUAUCAAGCGCCUGCGCAAGGCCAAGGCCGAGGCUCCCCCCAACGAGAAGCCCGCCACGGUCAAGACGCACCUGCGUGACAUGAUUGUCGUUCCCGAAAUGAUCGGCAGCAUGAUUGGCAUUUACACCGGUCGCUUCUUCGUCAACACCGAGAUCAAGCCCGAGAUGGUCGGUCACUACCUUGGCGAGUUCGCCAUGACCUACAUCCCUACCCGUCACGGUGCUAAGGGUAAGGGUGCCACCGUCGACCGUUUCCUCCCUAUCCGAUAA